AUGGAUUGUUUGCGAAAACAAGCCGAGAGGAUUCCUAUUCUGGAUGCGAUUGAGAAGCGAAUGAAUAUCAGGAAGGAAUAUGCUCUACUUGGAAUAAGCUUCCUCUGUUUGGUAAUUAUCAUGGCAACAUCUCUUGGUCCUCUAGUAACAUCUACCAUUGGAAUAAUCGUCCCACUUCAGGAAACCUUUGUUAUAUUGAGACAGGUCAACCCAAAAAAGGAAGAGACAAAGCAUAUGCUAGUGUUUUGGAUGAUUUUUGGGGUUCUGACAUCCCUAGAUGCAUACUAUAACACCAUCAUCGGCUUUAUUCCUCUAUGGUACACCAUAAAGUUUUUUUUCCUCCUAUGGGCAGGUCCCCUCAAAUUUAGAGGAGGAAUAAUCAUCUAUGACAACAUACUGACUCGCAUUCCAGAGAGCUGGUACAGGGAGGAAGGUGGAAUUGAAAAUGCCGUGAAAAAGGCUACCGAUGCUGUAAAAAGUGUUGCAGAAAAUGAGUUCAACAAAAAGGAUGUAAUUGAAAACAGCAAAAAGACCGAUUAA